AUGCUAAUAAUCAACUUUCUUACUACUGCUUUGCUGAUAUCUUUGGCCAAAACAGCAUUAGUCUCUACUUUCAAUUAUGGAAAAGAGGCGGGGGAUGUAGAGAUAAGGAACUUGACUUGGAAUGAUAUUAAUUUCUUACACACGACAGACACUCACGGCUGGUACUCUGGUCAUCUAAACCAAAAGCAAUACAGCGCUAAUUGGGGAGACUUUAUAUCUUUUACAACGCAUAUGAGAAACAUUGCUCAUGCCAAUGGACAAGAUCUUUUGUUGAUCGAUAGUGGAGAUAGGCACGAUGGCAACGGACUAUCCGACAUUACGCAACCCAAUGGUUUGAAGUCAACGCCGAUAUUUAUCAAGCAGUCUUAUGAUAUAUUGACAAUAGGGAACCACGAAUUAUAUGUUUUGCAAAAUUCAGAGAUGGAAUAUGAAACAGUUGUUAAACAUUUCCCAAAUAACUAUGUGUGCUCCAACGUUGAUUUCAAGCUAGCAAAUGGCACCUUUGUACCAUUUGGAAAUAAAUUCAAGUACUUUAAAACACCAGUACAGGAAAAACGCGUCUUGGCAUUUGGGUUCUUAUUUGAUUUCAGGAGAUUUAAUCUGGGCACCAAAGUUACACCCAUUGAGAGAGAGAUUGAAAAGCAGUGGUUCUUGGAUGUGUUGGAAACAUAUAAAGGAAAAGUUGACUUGAUAAUUGUUGCCGGACAUACUCCAAUAACGAAAGAAUGGCCAGAGUUUUAUAUCUUGCAUAAGCGAUUACGUGAAUAUUUCCCUGAAACCAUAAUUCAAUAUUUUGGUGGCCAUAGCCAUAUAAGAGAUUUUGCCGUGUUUGACGAUAAAUCCACUGGGAUUCAAAGUGGAAGGUAUUGCGAAACCGUUGGUUGGGUUAGUAUAAAUGCUACUGAAGAACCACUUCCAGUUAGAGAGCGUUUUUCAAGGUCAUAUAUUGAUUUCAAUGUCAAUUCAUUCCAAGCGCAUUCAAGAACCUUACCAAGUACAUUUACAACUCAAAAAGGUGACAAGGUGAAAAAACUUAUUGAAACUACACGCAAGGAACUAAAGUUGAAUAAACUCAUUGGCACAGUAAAGUCCAAUUACUAUGUUGACUACGUUCCAAUAGACCAUCCAAAGAGUAUUUUUAGGUUAUUAACAGAAAAAGUAUUGCCGACUCUUUCCCCGGCAUCUGGGGAAAGGGUGAUUAUUAUAAACACGGGUUCAAUUCGGUACGACUUGUACAAAGGACCAUAUACUAUUGACUCGCAAUAUAUUGUUACUCCGUUUGAGAACAAGUGGGUCAAUUUGACCAUACCCAAGUCAAUUGCUUCAAGAGUUGCUGAUAAGUUGAAUGAUGCAACUUAUAUUGCUGCAUCGAGAUUGAAACCGCCGCAACUGUACCUAAUGAAAGAGGUAGGUAUCGAUUUUGAAGCACAAAAUCAUCAACAACAGCAGCAACAACAAACCUUUGAGGUCUCUGAUAAUAUUCAAGUCAACCCCCAGCUCUCUAAAGGGUAUGUCACGCACGAUGAUUUUGGUUCUGAUGGUGACGAUACACCACAUAGAGCAGUAGUACAGUUUAAAGUUCCCAAUGUGGUUCAGAGCAUUCAAUUUGAAGAUGAAGUUGAUAGGCCAGUGGAUUUGGUGUUUUACGAUUUCAUCACUCCAAACAUAUUGUGGGCUUUAAAGGAACUAAAAUACCAAGCUGGAAGCAGCCAACCCGAUGAUUAUUCAAACAUUUUCUUGGGAGAGUUGUUAAACAGCUAUGUAAAGUCCCUUGCAUGA